UUGGAGCUUUCUGGAAGCAGGCGUUCCUUUCUGUAGCUGUCCUAGCCCGAGCAGUGCUAACUCUCUGCCGGCGAGACUUUUUAACUUGACUCCGCUGGUUGUACUGCCUCACCAUGGCUGCCGUUAAAGCACUGAACCCCAAAGCAGAGGUGGCCAGAGCGCAGGCCGCCCUGGCGGUGAACAUUAGUGCCGCCCGGGGGCUCCAGGACGUGCUGAAGAGCAAUCUGGGACCGAAGGGGACCAUGAAAAUGCUGGUGUCUGGUGCGGGAGACAUAAAGCUGACCAAAGAUGGAAAUGUCCUGCUGCACGAGAUGCAAAUUCAACACCCAACAGCGUCACUGAUUGCUAAAGUAGCCACGGCGCAGGAUGACAUCACGGGGGACGGUACCACCUCCAACGUGCUCAUCAUCGGCGAGCUGCUGAAGCAGGCCGACCUCUACGUCUCAGAGGGUCUUCAUCCACGAAUAAUUGCCGAAGGCUUCGAGGCAGCAAAAGAGAAAGCCCUGGCUGUGUUGGAGGAACUGAAAGUCACCCGGGAAAUGGACAGAGAGACGCUCAUCAACGUUGCCCGAACUUCUCUCAGGACCAAGGUCCACACAGAGCUGGCAGACCUGCUCACUGAGGCUGUAGUAGACGCUGUGCUCGCCAUCUCUAAACCCAAUGAGCCCAUCGACCUUUACAUGGUGGAAAUCAUGGAAAUGAAGCAUAAGACUGAGAGCGACACACAGCUGAUCAAAGGGUUGGUGCUGGACCACGGUGCCAGACAUCCAGACAUGAAGAAGAGGGUGGAGGACGCUUACGUUCUGACCUGCAACAUCUCCCUGGAGUACGAGAAGACAGAGGUCAACUCUGGCUUCUUCUACAAGAGCGCCGGGGAGAGAGAGAAGCUUGUGGCUGCAGAGAGGAAGUUCAUCGAGGAGCGGGUGCAGAAGAUCAUCGCCCUCAAGAAGAAAGUCUGUCCCAACGACGACAAGGGAUUCAUCGUCAUAAACCAGAAGGGCAUCGAUCCCUUCUCCCUGGAUGCUCUGGCCAAGGAAGGAAUAGUGGCCCUGCGCAGAGCCAAGAGGAGGAACAUGGAGAGGCUCACUCUUGCGUGCGGCGGCAUCGCCAUGAACUCUGUUGAUGACCUGACACCAGAGUGCUUGGGUCAUGCUGGGCUGGUUUAUGAACACACAUUAGGGGAGGAGAAGUUCACGUUCGUUGAGAAGUGCGGGAACCCUCGCUCCGUGACGCUGCUGGUGAAGGGUCCCAACAAGCACACCCUGACACAGAUCAAAGACGCCGUGAGGGAUGGUCUGCGAGCCGUCAAGAACGCCAUCGAAGAUGGGUGCGUUGUGUCGGGUGCCGGUGCGGUGGAAGUUGCUCUGGCAGACGCUCUGGUAAAACACAAGCCCAACGUGAAAGGCCGAGCUCAGCUGGGAGUCCAGGCAUUCGCAGACGCUCUUCUAGUCAUCCCUAAGGUCUUGGCCCACAACUCUGGCUAUGACCCUCAGGAGACCCUGCUGAAGCUGCAGACAGAGUACAAAGAGUCUGGUCAGCUAGUUGGAGUCGACCUCAGCACAGGGGAGCCGAUGGUGGCGGGAGAAGCCGGUGUUUGGGACAACUACUGUGUGAAAAAACAGCUUCUCCAUUCAUGCACGGUGAUCGCCAGCAACAUCCUGUUGGUUGACGAGAUCAUGCGAGCUGGCAUGUCUUCUCUGAAAGGUUAAAGAGCAGCUGUAAUUGUGCUCCAGUGAUGUUUACCUACGGUUCAGCUCGCAGCAGUCUGAAGCACCCCAGUCGAUGGCCAGCCUACUGAGCAAACCCGCGGCGGCCAUCUUAGCAUCAGUUAGAAAUCAUCGUUCACCUGCUCAUGGUUUUUUCAUGAUUUUUGCCCCCUCUCUAGAACGAUUGGUUUUAUUUAUGCGAUUUUGUUAAAAGCACUGACCUCUGCAGUUCUGUUUCUACCCAUUAAAAAAGUUCUUGGCUUGAAA